CACACGUGUACGCGCAGCCUCUUAUCGCCUUAAUUGAAUCCUGGAACCUUGCACGCGUGCGUUCACACGCAAACCACUGCAGCCGAGAGUGUGCGUUUGUGUGUGAUCCUCGUGCGUCAGAACCGCCGUGGAGCCUUACGGUACCGGACGUCUUGUUGGGUCUCUUGGCUUUUCUUGUGCUUUUUGCCUUCGGCUGUCAACGUCAACCUGAGCAGGCUGUCCAAGAGUUUGAUUGGCAGGCGAGUAUGGCGCACAGCUGGCUCCGCCUCUUGCUGUUCAUCCUGCUCCUCCAGAUGGCGGCGUCCUCUCCCUCGGCUGCCAAUUCCAGCACAGAGCAGCAGGAAGUAACUUUGGCGGUCAUCUUGCCCCUCAGCAACACAAAUUAUGCGUGGGCGUGGCCCCGCGUGGCACCCGCCUUGCACCAGGCGGUGUGGCACGUGAACUCGGACCCCCGGCUGCUCCCGGGCCUGAAGCUGACGCUCGUCCACGGAAGCUCGGAGAACCGCGACGGCUUUUGCUCCGACUCCACGGCGCUCCUGGUGGCCGUGGACCUCAAGCUGGCACAUGACCCCUGGGCCUUUGUGGGCCCCGGUUGCGUCUUCUCCUCCUCGCCAGUGGCCCGCUUCACCACCCACUGGGACGUCCCCAUGGUGACCGCCGGUGCCCAUGCCAUCGGAUUCGAGAGCUACGCGGCAGUCACCAACACAGGCCCCACCCACAGGAAGCUUGGCGAGUUUGGUGUCAGGUUACAGGAGACGCUGGGCUGGCAGCGGCAAGCCAUGGUGAUCUACACCAACAACGCCAGUGAUGCCAACGACCCCAAUGACGACCAGCCCUGCUUCUUUGCCGUGGAAGGCUUGUACUCGUCACUAGGUGACCACAACAUCACCAUCCGUGACUACUUCAGCCACAUUGACGCCGUCGACUACCAGAGCAUGAUCCACGAGAUCCGCCGCAAUGGGCGAGUAGUGUACGUGUGCUCCUCCUGGAACAUCUUCAGGACCUUGAUGGUCCACUUCUGGAAGGAGGAGGGGGAGGAGCUUCACCAAUACGUCUUCUUCUUCAUUGAUCUGUUUGGUGAGGGCCUGAGGGAGCGAGGCCCCAUUCGCCCUUGGCACCGCGGCGACCAGGAUGACUUUACAGCGCAUCAGGCUUUCAGGAGUGUCAAAGUGUUGACAUACAAGCAACCUGAAGAUCAACACUACCCGACUUUUAUACAACGUCUCAAGAAAGAUGCGCAACAAAUGUUCAACUUCACUAUAGACGACUCUCUGGUCAACGUGAUUGCGGCUGGUUUCCAUGACGCCGUCAUGUUGUACGCUCACGCCCUCAACGAGACGCUGACUGAGCAGAAUUGGCCAUCGGACGGUUUCGGUCGGGUCCAAAGGCCUCGAGGACAUUCUGUGACCAGGAGGAUGUGGAACCGAACGUUCCUAGGUGUGAUGGGGGUGAUGGACAUGGACGUGUUUGGAGACAGACAGGUGGACUUUGCCGUGUGGGACAUGACGGACGUCCCCACUGGAGACUUCCAGGUGGUGUGUGUGUAUGAUGGUGCCAGAAAGCAGCUGGUCAUGCAGAAUGGGUGGAGUUUCCAGUGGCCUGCUGGCUCGCCGCCAGCGGACAUUCCUGUGUGUGGGUUCAGGAACGACAACCCAGCGUGCCUCACACGUACAGUCACUGUGCAUCAGAUGGUUGCCAUGGAGAUUUUCUUCAUCUUGGUCAUCAUCAUCACCAUCAUCGUCAUCAUUUACAGGAAGUUGAAUCUGGAGAGUGAGCUUGCGGCUCAGUUGUGGCGAGUCUCAUGGGAUGACGUCCAGCUCAGCCACUCUGACCCUGUCCUGCGCAGGACCUGCAGCCGACUCACCAUGUCUCUUAAGGGAUCAAACCGUGACUCCCUGAUGACCAUGGAGGGAAACCUCCAGAUCUACACCAAGACUGGAUACUACAAGGGAAACUUGGCCGCCAUCAAGUCCAUUCAGAAGAGACGAGUAGAACUGAGCAGAGCAGUUCUGUUUGAGCUCAAACACAUGAGGGACGUCCAGAACGAACACCUGACCCGUUUCAUCGGCGCCUGUUUGGACCCCCCAAACAUGUGCAUCAUCACGGAGUAUUGCCCUAGAGGCAGCCUGCAGGACUUGAUGGAGAGCGAUAGCAUCACUCUGGACUGGAUGUUCAGAUACUCCCUCAUCACCGAUAUCGUCACGGGCAUGGCGUUCCUUCACAACAGUGUCCUUGUCUCUCAUGGCAACCUCAAGUCAUCCAACUGUGUGGUUGACAGUCGCUUGGUCCUCAAGAUCACGGAUUAUGGUCUGGCGAGUCUUCGAACAGCCAACACUCCCGAGGACACGCACGCUUACUACGCACGGAAACUGUGGACAUCUCCAGAGCUGCUGAGGUCAGACUGUCCUCCCCUCUGUGGGACACAGAAAGGGGAUGUGUACAGUUUUGGCAUCAUCCUACAGGAAGUGGCUCUUCUCCGAGGUGUCUUCUUCCUGGACACACACACUCUGACUCCUAAAGAGAUUGUGCAGGCGGUGCGUGAGGGUGGAGUGACCUUGCUCCGCCCAUCCCUGUGCCUUGAGAGUCACAGUGAGGACUUGGCAGGUCUGAUGCAACAAUGCUGGCAUGAAGACGCCUCCCAACGACCCGACUUCAACACCAUCAAAAUACUACUCAGGAAACAACACGGAGGUUAUUCCAACAUUUUGGACAAUCUUCUGUCCCGCAUGGAACAAUACGCUAACAACCUGGAAGAACUGGUAGAGGAACGAACACAAGCUUAUCAUGAAGAAAAACACAAAGCUGAUACACUGCUCUACCAGAUACUACCACAUUCCGUAGCAGAGAAGCUGAAAGGAGGAGAAAGUGUUGAAGCUGAAACUUUCCAGUCAGUCACCAUCUUCUUCAGCGACAUCGUUGGCUUCACCACACUCUCUGCUCACAGUACCCCUCUACAGGUCGUGACUCUACUGAAUGACCUCUACACCUGUUUUGAUGCCAUCAUUGACAACUUUGAUGUUUACAAGGUGGAGACCAUCGGUGACGCCUACAUGGUGGUCUCAGGUCUUCCGGUGAGGAACGGCAAGAUGCACGCACGCGAGGUGUCACGCAUGUCACUUGCUCUGCUGGAGGCCGUCAAGAACUUCACAAUACGACACCAACCCGACCAGCCUUUGCUUCGACUGAGAAUUGGCAUUCACAGUGGUCCAGUGUGUGCAGGUGUGGUGGGCUUGAAGAUGCCCAGGUACUGUUUGUUUGGAGACACGGUCAACACAGCCUCACGUAUGGAGUCCAGUGGUGAAGCACUGAAGAUUCAUGUUUCGGAGGCCACUCGAUUUGUGCUGGAAGACUUUCAAGAUUUUCAGCUGCAACUUCGAGGAGAAAUGGAGGUGAAGGGCAAAGGUCGCAUGAGAACAUACUGGCUGCUGGGAGAAAACAAAGACAAGUGACAGAGGACACCAACAGAAACACCUUCAUCCAUCCAUUUUCUAUACCGCUUCUCCUCUUUAGGGGCACGGGGGCAUGCUGGCCCAGCUGACUUUGGGCGACAGGCGGGGUACACCCUGAACUGGUCGCCAGCCAAUGGCAGCAACAGAAACACCUAUAAAAUAUUUUAUUUAUGUGGUUUGUAUUCAUGUCUUUGUCAUAACAUUGGUCUUCCCUAGUAUAACCCAUACAGUAUAUACUGUAUGUAAGUACUGUACAUAUACUGUACAUGUGUCUGUAUAUACAGGAUAUACGUAUAUAUUAGGGCUGUAACGGUACACUAAAAUGUUAUUUCAGUUCCAUUCAGUUUCUUGAAGUGCUCGGUUCAGUUAAUUUUCUGUACAAAAAAGGCAGAAAAAAAUGACUUAAAAAAAUGCUAACAGAACUUAAAUAAAUAAAAGCAACUCAUUUGGGUGAUAUUUCAAAUAAAUUAAUAAGUAAUAAUAAUUAGUUUUUUUUCAAUAGAAAAAUAAGAAUAAAAUACACUAAAAACUGUUGCAUUUAAACAAUUGUUUAAACAUUGUGUGAAAUGUAAUGGCUCUCUGUAAAUAAAUGUAAAUAGCUCUCUGUUGCGCGUGUGAUAGCUCGCUGAUGACAUGACUUUUAGCUUUUUCAUAAAGUGCUGGUAUAACUUUCUGGCUAAAGUGAGGACGUGAUGCUAUUUCCUAGCGAGCUUCAAGAACUUUAAUCACAUAUAAUCAUAAAAAUUAUGAGAGCACCCUUGUUUCCUCAGUUUAUUGAUGCAUUUUAAUGCCCGGUACAACUAAAGGUACAUUUGUUUGGACAAAUAUAAUGAUGAUAACAAAUAUAGCUCAUAAUAAGAACUGAUAUCUAGCAACUUCCAUGCUUUUCUUCAUCCAUCCAUCCAUCCAUUUUCUAUACCGCUUCAUCCUCAGUAGGGUCGCGGGGGCAUGCUGGAGCCUAUCCCAGCUCACUUCGGGCGACAGGCGGGGUACACCCUGGACUGGUCGCCAGCCAAUCGCAGGGCAAUGCUUUUCUUCAUAAUAACCAAAAUCACUUAAGUGCUUACUUACAUGAAUAGCGAUAGCAUUGUACUGACAAAAAAUGUAACUGUUAUGAGCUGUUUUUUUCUGUACACUGUACAUGCGUGUGUGUAGGAUGUAUAUGGGAUAUAUCAUAUCACUGAAACAUGAUCAAAUGACAUUCAUUUUAAUAUUCCAAUUAAAAACUAAUAUUAGCUUGAAUAGGUUG